CUGAAAUUGUUUAUUUUCCUUUUUUCUGUACUUCGAUGUGUUUUAUUUACUUGCAAGAUAAUUGAAUUUAUUUUUUCUGCAAAUAGUCUCAAUUGGCUACAUAGAAUUUAAUGAAGAACAAUGUCAGUGCAAGGCAGUAAUAAAUUUGGUGAGAUAUGUCGUGUGUGUGCGAAGCGGUCAUUAAAAACAAUAAGUUUGUUUGGAAUCAGAAAGAAAGGACUAAUGCUGGCCGAUAUGUUAUCAAUUUGUACCCAAACAAAAAUCCGGCAAUCGGAUUCUCGGCCAUCGCAUAUCUGUAAUCGCUGCUUAUCGAACUUGGAGAUUGCAUUUGAUUUUUAUAAUCUUGUGAAAUCGAGUGAAGAUAAAUUUCAACGCAUGGUCACCAACACAAAGUCCAAUGAAGCCGAGUCAAAAAGCCAACCCAUCGAGUUUUGUUUGCUCGACGAUGAUAAUCCGAUUAUUCAAAAACCAUUGAAACUUGAAAAUGUCGAAAUCAGUGAGGAAAAUACCGAACAACAGCAAAUUGAACAAAAACCAAAACGAAAGCCAACCGCUAAUGACGUGAUUGAAGAUUGUAAAAUGGCCUCAAAUAGUGUACAGCUGCAGGCACAGUUGCAGCAAGAAAUGCAUAACCGAAAAAUGAACCGAUUAUUCGAGUGUUUUUUAUGCAAAGCAAAAUUAAAAUCGUACAGAGAUACUCGACUUCACUUAAAGCGACACAACGAGGCAACGCCAUUUCGAUGUAAAAUAUGUGCCAUGAACUUUUCGGCAACGAGAUUUGAAACACAUUUGUGCAAAGGACAGAGUGUUCAGUGCGAUUAUUGUUUUGAACAUUUUCAAACAACCACCAACCUAUUGAGCCAUUUGGAAAGCCACAAAGAACAUCAUAAUUUGUACAAGUGCGCCGACUGUUCGAAACUAUUUCCCAUGACUUAUUUGCUCGAGUGUCAUCAAGUGCAGCAUAAACAAGUUGAAAAGAGAUACAUUUGCCAUAUCUGUAAUCGUGGAUUUCGCGUUAAUUUCCUACUAACCAAACACCUUGCCACACACUCGGACGAGAGGCCUCAUCUAUGUGCCACUUGUGGAAUGGGAUUCAAAACAAUGGGCACGCUUCGAAGUCACUCAAUUCGACAUUCUGGUAAUAAAUCAGUUGCUUGCUCGAAAUGUCCACGGCGAUUCUUCAGUAAUGCAGACUUGAGAAAACACAUGGAUGUACACUCGGAUGCAAAAUAUAUUUGCAAUUUGUGUGGAUCAACAUUGAGCUCAAAACGAUCGCUGGACGAACACAGAAGGCAUCGCCAUAGGAAAGCUGAAGAACAAACGUGUGAUUUGUGCUCGAUGAAGUUUAGAACGAUCUAUAAUCUCAAACGGCAUUUACUUACCCACACCGGAGAAAAACCACAUAAAUGCAUGUAUUGUGAUAGAGCGUUUGCGCAAUCUGGUGACCUCAAUAAGCACAUGCGAUCACAUGUCGGAGAGAAAACUUAUCAAUGCAACCUAUGCAUGAAAUCAUUCCGAUUACAAAUCGAGCUGAGAAAACAUUCGUACGAACAUUUUCAGAAUGAAAACAAAACACAAAUGGAUGAUAAUUCAAUAAACUUAACUCAUCAUAAUGUCAGUCAAUUGACACUUUACGAAAACAAGUUUACUUUUUUUGUUUACCAAAAUUACAAUUCGUCCGAAAAAAGGCGAAAAAAGGCGAAAAACUUACAAAAACGCAAAAACAAAUUAGUAUUUUUCAAUGGAUUCGUAACCAUGGACAUGGAUAAUUUGCAGCAUUUUUGUCGAAUUUGUGCGACGCAGAACAAUCAUAUGCAAGAUUUAUUUGAGAUUGUUUAUAAUGGUGUUGUGUUGGCCAAUAUAUUGGAGCACUGUUUGAAGCGAGCAGUUACCGUAACAGAUGGUUUUCCACGAAAAAUUUGCUCAAAUUGCAAAACAAAUCUACUAUCGACGUAUGAAUUUCACAUUCUGUGUCAGGCCAGUGAGCAAUUUUUUUUAAAAAGAUUUACAUCGACUAAAAGUUACGAUGAAUUUGCAAAGACUGAAAAAAUAGACGACAUUCAAAACACAAAUGAAUCAAUCGAGGGAUAUAUCAAAAUUGAAAAUGAUUUUGAAUUUACUCAAACCAAUGUGGAAAAUUUGUAUUUUGAUGUCAAGAAUGAUGACGAACCAUUGCUUCCUAUAUCGGAACUUGUUUGUGUGGACGAAAAUUUUGAUGCCAGAAGUAUAAUUAUCGAUGAAAAUGCUGGAUCGCUUCAAUCAGACAGUGAGGUGAGACAGAGGAAACCAGUGAAAACAUCACAAUCAAAACGAAUGCGACCGCAUGCUGAUGAGAAAAUAUUUGAAUGUUUCGAAUGCAAGAAAAGAUUUCUUCAAUUUAAUGAGAUGCGACAACACAUGAUCGACCAUGAUAACACACGAAAACCAUUUGAAUGUACAUCAUGCAAUGUCAAGUUUACUCACUUGACUAGCUGGUUCCGACACCGUUCCAAACACACCAAAAAUAUUCAUCAAUGCGAAUAUUGCAAUAUGGCGUUCAGCACGCUUACAUCGCUAAAACAUCACAUACAUGACAUGCACAAGGACCAACUGAAGAUUUACAAAUGUGAUUUGUGCACCGAAGAGUUUCCAUUAAAUUUUCUGCUGGCUCGGCACAUGGAAUGGCACAAAAAGGCCAAAGAAUUUAAAUGUACAACCUGUGAUGCGAUUUUCUUUAGUGAACGCAAAUUGAAGGGUCACAUUCGAGACAAUCAUUCAAGCCACUUAUGUGCAGAGUGCGGAAAAUCAUUCAAAACGAUUCAUUUGCUGGCCAGUCAUCAAAUGUUACACACAUCGGAAAAACCAUUUGCCUGUGAUUUAUGCCCCGGACGUUUUAAGUGGAAAGCUGCACUCAAAACGCAUAUGUUAGUUCAUACAGGCCAAAAAUUACAUGUAUGUGAUUUAUGUGGAUCGUCAUUUACUACAAAAGGGUCGAUGAAAAAGCAUAAACGCAUACAUACGCAAGACCGAAGGUAUCAAUGCGAAACAUGUUUGAUGAGAUUUUAUUCGAGCGAUCAUUUGAAGCGGCACAAACGAACCCAUACUGGAGAAAGACCAUAUUCUUGUUCAUAUUGUCCGCGCUCAUUUUCCCAAUCGAAUGAUUUGACAAAACAUUUGAGAUGUCAUGUAGGUCAAAAUAUGUAUCGAUGUGAACAUUGCAGCGAAUCCUUUCGACUUCAGACUGAACUAAGAAAACAUUCUUAUACUCAUUACAACAAAGACGAUCCAGAGACAUUAAAAACGGAAUAAUCCAAAUAGAUAAAAAUCCAGAACGUAGAAUAUUCACAAAUGACACAUUUGGCAUUAAGUUGUUGUCAAAAGAAAAUCAUUAAUUUUAGGUAUAUCUGGUGGGGUUGAUUCGGCUGUGGCAGGAUAUUUG